GGGGAAAGAGCGCUCUCAGAGCACUCUAGCCACCAUUUAGUGGCUCUCUGUCAGUAGACAAGUAGUGACUCAUUGUAGCUCAAGUGAUAUCAAAAACUAUUCCAAGCUUUGUUCUCCAGCCUUGGAAGAGUCCACAAACUGCACUUUGCGGAUUUUCAAGAUUUUUUAACCAAACUAUCGACAGCUGAAGAACCAGGGAUAGCUGAUGAGUCAAAACCUUGAAGAAUUUGAGUGUUUAAAUACAGAACACUUUAAAGGUUUCUGAGAACUUUCUUUUCCCUGGACUUGGGUUAAGUUUAAAAAUAUCUUGAAUCUGAAACCCACUCCAAGGCUAGAACAGGAAAGAGAUUUCCUGAAAUAGCUUGGUGUUGACACCUUUAUGCUGAUACAAGACAAUGAACUCAAUCCUGAAAUGCAAGCAGAGGAGAUAAACUAUUCAAAAAAGGAAUCACAAUUACGGUACAGCAUUCAUCCCCAGUCGUACAACAAGGAACAGUACAAUAAGGAAGUGUACAACAAGGAACAGUACAAGGAAUCUGGAACAUUUUCUCGAGAACUUCAGGGUUCGUAUUCAAGGGAAUACAAAGAACUCGCUACACCGUUCCUGGUAACUGAUAUACUAGAGGAACCUUGCAGAAGAAGUAUGAACUGUUCAACUCCACCAUCUCCUCCUUCUCCUACUUCUCUUCUAUACUCAGGGUAUCCCAGACCUGCUCCUACAGCAGCUAUGACAGGGUUCACUGGUGGAACUCCGACUUACUCCCACAUGCACAUGUCACAGCUUCCUUCUGCAUACGGAGCCGGAUACUGCCAGACUGGUGAACUAGCUCACUAUGGAGAUAUGAGAAGUCCUGGAACAGGAUGGUAUUCUUCCUCUACAACAGAUCCUAGAUUUGCCUCAGAAUACUUUACAAGCCUGAUGCGGGGUCCAGGGGGUUCCAUGGGGUCCAUGACGGGUCAGAUGGGGUCCUUAUCCACAUGCGGGAUGGACUCUAAGCAGCAUCUUCAGUUCCCGCUCUCACAGAGGCGGAAGAGAAGAGUUCUUUUCACCCAGGCUCAGGUUUAUGAGUUGGAGAGAAGGUUUAAACAACAGAAAUAUCUCUCAGCACCAGAAAGAGAGCACUUAGCCAGUCUUAUCCAUCUUACCCCUACACAGGUUAAGAUCUGGUUCCAAAAUCACCGGUACAAGUGUAAACGCCAGGCUAAGGAGAAGCUUAUGACCGAACCUGGUGGCACAUCACCUAGACGUAUCAGUGUUCCUGUUCUUGUCAAGGACGGUAAACCUUGCUCUGGAUCAGAUUCAGAUGAUCAGUGUAACCAAACCCAACCGAGCCAAAGCCACCAGUCUGUCAAGUCAGAAUAUACGCUCCCUGAGAGUACAACACUAGGAGGAGAACAUGGUAUACCUGACUCUUCACAACCCCUUCCCCCUCUCAUGCAUAUGGGGUAUGCACAUGCUGCCAGGCACUCAGGAAUGAACCAGAACUUGGUUCAUCAAACAAGUAUGUGUGGAUAUCAAUCCAAGGGGCCAGGCUGGUAAUAGAAUACUAACAGCUCAUGCAGUUCUGGAAAAACUACAAGAAUUGCUAGACAGCCUUGAAACACCUUUAUGCAGUGCUAGGCAACCUUGACACACCUUCAUGUAGUUCUAGGCAAUCUUGACACACCUCCACAUGCAGUUCUAGGCAACCUUGACACACCUCCAUGGAGUUAAAGACAGCCUUGACACACCUCCAUGCAUUUCUAGGUAGCCUUGACACACAUUCGCGCAGUUCUAGGCAGACCUUGACACACUUUCGUUCAGUUCUAGGCAGCCUUGACACACCUUCGUUCAGUUCUAGGCAGCUUUGACACGCCUUCAUAUAGUUUUAGGCAGCCUUGACAAACCUCAAUGCAGUUCACGGAAACCUUGAAAACCUUCAUGCUGUUAUCGGUAGCCUAGAACAAUUUUAGGCAACCUUGAACAUCUAUGGCUCAUUGCAGUUAAACCUUGUACACUUACAAGCCUAGGCAGCCUUGACACAUCUGAGCGUAGUUUUAGGAAACCUUGGCAAGAGCAAUUCUAGGCAACAUAAAUACAGUUAUAAAAAGACCAAUUCUAGGCAUCCUUGAAAAACACAGUUCAAAUUAUAAUAGUGAAAAUAAAUCAGAAUUUUAAAGAAGUGAAGUAAAGUCUAAUAGACACAAUACCUUAUAGUAUGGUAUAGUUUAAUUAAGAAUUAGAUGGAGUCGUAAUCUACAUUUUAUAUUAUAUCUUAAAAUCUGUAAUGAUAUACCAGUAAUAUUGUUUAUUGUAGCUCUUUGUAAUAUCAAUAUAA